AGUGAGAAAAGACAAAAUGGCUGAUUGUAGCUGUGGAACGGCGUUAUUGUGCUAAUGUAAACAUAGAGCAGGCUGGAGCCGGAGCGACUUCACCUGACGUUAUCUUGCGUUGUCUCAUCCUGCGAAUGAGCGUUCUAAGUAACUUUGAAGGAUGAUGGCCCGGCGGUCUGAACGGCGUGGAAUUCAUCUGGACCAGUCCGAGCUGCUGUGUAAAAAAGGAUGCGGCUUUUAUGGCAACACAGCCUGGCAGGGUUUGUGUUCUAAAUGCUGGCGGGAGGAGAACCAGAGAGAUAGGCAGAAACAGAUCCAAGAUGACUGGGCUUUAGCUGAAAGGCUUCAGAGAGAGGAAGAGGAAGCAUAUGCAAGCAGACAUCACAAGCCACAGUUGCAGCCCGCUGUCACACCUUUCAGCAAGUUUGAAGAACGCAAGACAAAGGAAAAGUCCAGCAAGGUCAACACAGUCACCAAGUUCUUCACUCCCUCCAUUAAAACACCACCAAAGAAAGAGGCUGCCACCCCAUCGGAUGCUCAAUCCAGCCCCAGUUCCAGCUCUACAGCCAACCGUCUCCCCUCUGUAGACACCGACCAUGCGACAAGGGAGUUCAUCGACUUCCUCAAGCCUCUGAAAUACGGCCGACAAAUCUUUAAACAGUGCCGGGCUUUCACGGAGGGCAUGGCCUAUAAGCGGGACAUGGGUGCUGACGACAUGUCCGAAUGUGUUCAGGACUUCUACCAGAAUCUCUCGGAACGACUUCAGAGUCAGUUCAAAAGUUCCCCUGAGCAUAUAGAGGGCAUCAUGGAUGAAGUGGAGAGGUACAUGAUGACGCGUCUUUACAAGGAGGUUUUCUGUCCCGAAACCUCAGACGAUGAGAAGAAAGACCUUGCCAUUCAGAAGAGAAUCAGAGCUUUGCACUGGGUCACCAUUGAGAUGCUUUGCGUUCCCGUCGACGAGGAAGUCCCUGAAGUGUCCGACAGCGUGGUUAAAGCCAUCACAGAUGUGAUCGAGAUCGAUUCCAGACGAGUUCCCAAGGACAAGCUGGCGUGCAUCACACGUUGCAGCAAGCACAUCUUCAACGCCAUCCGCAUCAGCAAGAAGGAGGCGGCAUCGGCAGACGACUUUCUGCCCACGGUUAUCUACAUUGUGCUGAAAGCAAAUCCACCUCGACUUCAGUCCAACAUCCAGUACAUCACUCGCUUCUGCAACCCCAGCCGGCUCAUGACUGGAGAAGAUGGCUACUACUUCACUAAUCUGUGCUGUGCCGUGGCCUUCAUCGAGAAGCUGGAUGGAAAGUCUCUCAACAUGACCUCAGAGGAGUUUGACCUGUACAUGUCUGGCCAGGCUUCCCCAAACUACCCUCCAGCCGAGGGGCAGUCGUCUCGCUCCCUGGGCAGUCAGGCGCUCAGCCAGGUCCACAAGCGUCUGGACCUUCUGACGGGGCUCGGUGAACGGCAGGAACGCGUCAUAGAGAGAGCUCGCCAGAUGGAGAACGACCUCAUCGACUGGACGGAUGAAGUGGAGCAGAAGGUGCAAAGCGUUCUGGACAGUUUGGAGACACCGGAAGCUCCUACCACGACCACUGACAGCAGCUCAGCUACAGGCGCGCCGGCGGCCUCCUCAGCCAUUGACUCCGAUAACGUUGAGAACGAGCACCUGCCGCCGCCGCUGCAGCCGCAAGUGUUUGCCGGUUGACGCUGGACCCACAUGCAUUAGGUCACCACCUCGACUUGCAUGUGAAACAUCCCAGUGCCCCUCAUCUCCUCAUCAGUCCUGGAUACUUCAGAAUUCAUCCUCUUUCUACAGCGCUCAUUCUUUCCAGUGUCCCUUCAGACUAUAUCAUCAGUUCACAAAAACAAACCUAAAAGACCCUUAACCGUGCUUCAUCUACUUGGUGCUUUAACUACUGAGAAAGUGACUCAUUUUCAUACGUGCAUGAGUUGAUGCACGGACAUAUUGUAUAUUUAGGUUACAUUCACAUGGAAACAUCCAAAGCUCCUGCCAAGAAGAGGUACUCGUACACACCGAUGGGCUGGUAUUUUUCUACAUAAUGGCAGGAGAUGCUUAUGAUACCUCGAACAUUUAACAUACUUUGGUUGCUGGACAUACACACCAUGCAUCCUGUAGCCAUUCGAACAGUUUAAAGAGCAUGGGGGAAAAACAGGAAAGAGAAAAAUCGAGCCUCUUUCCUGCUGAGCACCUGAUAUACUAAAAACAAACUUAGUGCAGCACAAACAUUUAGUAUGAAAUCUUUUAAAGCACUUUCUAUGAUUUUAACCAUUUGGAUGAUACAGUAUGAUAUAUGAAGGAUAGCACAUACAAUAUUCACUUUUUCUGUUUCUCUAGAUUUUAAUCAUUUUCUUAUUCUGCAGCUAUAGACGUGGUAUGUAUGUUUGUUUUGUUUCCUAAAAAAGACAUAAACCCUUGAGGCCCCUUUUUAAAAAUACUGUAAUUUACGGUGUAGAAACAAAUGUUUUUUGUGUUUUUCUUCCUUAAAAGCUUUUAAAUCAUUGCGGCCCCUUUUAAAAUACAGUAAUAUACGGUGUAUUAAGCCUCUGCUUUUUUCUUCAACUUUAAAACCUGCAGCUUAGACAGCAGUGCGGCUAAUUUAUGACUAAUCUUGUAACGUAUGUUUUUUGUGUUUUUUUUCCUUAAAAGCUUUUAAAUCAUUGAGGCCCCUUUUAAAAUACAGUAAUAUAUGGUGUAUUAAGCCGCUGCUUUUUUCUUCAACUUUAAAACCUGCAGCUUAGACAGCAGUGCGGCUAAUUUAUGACUAAUCUUGUGACAUCUCGCAUACUUCAGAACUACUACUUGUCAUUUAAAUAAUGUGCCGCUAGUGAGUCAGUAAAACAGUAAACUGUAGCUUUUUCUUUGGCAGUAGCCAAUCACCAGCUGUAAGCUUGUCAACCCAUUGGAAAGCGCAGGGUGAUAUUACUCAAUAUAAACAGUCUGUUUCACUUUCAUCUUUGAUAAAAGGCUAAAAUCAUCACACAGCAAUUUAACACUCAAAAGGUAGCUAAGAAAUAUAGACAGGUACCAAGUUUAAAAUAAAAAAGGCAGCUAUUUUGCUUCCCAUAGUGCAUUAUUCCUAGCAGAGCAACUCAUUGAACAAUGGCUGUCAUGGCACGGCUGCCGGGCCACCAGAAGGAGAUCAUUAGCUUUAGCUAAUGACGACCUGCAAUUUUUGAUGGGUUGAUAAGCUCAUCGUGAGUUUUCUCAUAGCUCAUAAUUGACUUGCAGUGCAUCUUAUAUACAGUAUGUAGACAUGUUUUAGCCUCGACAAGGUCAAAGAUCGAUAACAUUGAUGAGAGAUUAUCUUUUGGUGUCAAAACAAUCCUUAAAAAUCCAUAAAAGUAUGCAUCCAAUCGGAGCGUGUAAGGCUUUUUCUCGAUCAGGUCAAGUUUCAUACAAUCAGCCUUAUUAGGGUAUAUCUGACCCAUAUGUUGAAAAGAUAUCAGAGGUACACUUGUGGUCCCCCAAGGUGCCUCAAGGGUUGAAUGCAAACGUCCUAGCUUGAGUUAUUUGUUAAAUCCAUGCAUCUGGUAUACGCACACUGCCACACCUGCACAAUCUAACACCAUCCAAUCCAAGGGUUGUAUGCCUGUACAAAGAUAAUGAUGCUCAGUAUUGAAGUACAAUUUUGAUGCAUCCCUUGUAGUGGAUAUCAUUAGAUCAGGGUCAGUGAGUGUACUAAAACAUUCUUUUUGCAACCUUAUAGGUUUGGUACUGUAUCAUAUAGAUAUAUAUAUAUAUAGGAGACAAUAAGUCAGUACUGCCCUUUAUUUAAAUGUAACUUAUUGGGGCAGAGUUGGUUUAUUUGCAUCUGUGGGUAUGUGACGUAAGGGAUCUGUGGGUAAGUGGAGAGAAGGACGCCCGCAGUGUCGACACUUCUUAUAGUCAUCUUGUACUUUCACUGAAAUACCCAUGAUUGUGCAAGAAUAAGAGAGUAGAAUAGAGUUUUUCUUUUACAGUAAUAUGCAGGAGUUUGUCUAUUUUUGAUUUUUUUUAUUAGGUAGAUCUGGUGAGUUGUGUAAAUUAAUGAAAUGAAACCAUUUGACUUUGUAAAAGUGUUUCCUUUUUUAUGUAGGCAACGAUCAGACUCCUCUUCAGUGGUGCAU